AAAGAAACUUUUAUAAUGGUUGUUAUUCAAAACUAGUUUGAAUUUAGACUGAGCCUUUCACUCUCGUUUGAAACGGUUGGUUUUCCCAAUUAAUCUCCUUCACGGCUUCAGAGUGUUCAGACAUUCUCCUGUGAAAAAUCCACACAGAAAUGCAACAAAUCGCUCAACCCAUCUCCUUAAUCUCAAUUAAACCCACAUUUCCUCCUUUAAUUUCACUAACCCACAGUCUCAAAUCCAAAAUCCACUUCCAAAACCCAAUAAUUUCUGCAAAAUGGCGCAAAAAACGAUCUGGGUCACAAAGAUCUCACAAACUCAUCAUCAAUUCAAUCGCACACAUUGCCUCCACUCUCAAGAUUAUCCCUGAACCGUUGGAUUCACUAGUGAGAGAAUUCUUGGUUGUGGGUGGCGGAAACGGCGGGAAAUUCGGGUUCAGGAACGGCUUUGGAGGAGGCGGUGGAGGAAGAAAUCGCAGGAGAGAAGUAGGGUUCUGGGUACUUUUGUUGAUUUCAUCAAGUUUGGCAUUAUGGGUUGUUUUGGAGAAAGAAAAAGACAAUCAUGAACUGGGUUUCUGGGUUUUCUUGGUUUUGGUUUCUGCAUUUGCUGUUUUCUGCUUGGUGAAAGGAUGGAGAAGAGAGAUUAAAAACUGGGUGUUGGGAUUUUCUUGUGGGGCCGCUUUGAUGGGUUUGGGAUUGAGGAACAAUGAGAAUUUUGUGAGGUGGGUUGAUGAAUUUAGGGCUAGUUCUUUGAAUUUUUCUUUCAUAAAAAAGAAGAGAAGAAGAGGUAAAAGAUGGAUAUGAGGAAGAGGAAGAGGAAGAAGAGAAAAUCUACUGUAAUUUUUGUUGUUUACAAUUUUCUAACUUUUUUUUUGUUUUUUUACUAUUGUUUGUUGUUUAGGGUUGUAAUUUUAUCUUUUCGCAAACCCGGAUAAUUGUAAUUGAGACCUGUUUUUAAUCGCAAAUUUUGAUACUGUUUGAUUUCCCAA